AUGUCACACAACGGAGUGAACGGCGGCUGGAAACGGUGCUGGGACGAGGCCUUCCGCGGCGACGAGGACGGAGACACGCACCUUCACCUGGCCAUCAUCUACGAGUACGCCGGCGUCGCCGAGUGCCUCGUGCGGCUUGUGCCGCACCCGGACUUUCUCAACCUCCGCAACAGCUACAUGCAGACGCCGCUGCACCUUGCGGCGCUGACCGGCCAGGCGGCGCUGUGCCGCCACCUCGUGGUGGCCGGCGCCGACACGAACCACCGCGACAGGCACGGCAACACGCCGCUGCACCUGGCCUGUGAGCGGGCCGAUCGGCGCUGCGUGCAGGCGCUGACGGCGCCCGUCAGCGCCUGCGAGACGCGGCUGGCGGCCCCACGCUACGCGCUGCCACCGGCCGCGCCGCCGCCGCCGCUCGACGAGUGGAACUACCAGGGUCUGAGCUGCCUUCAUCUGGCCACGCUGGCCGGCGACCUGGAGCUGGUGGCGCACCUCGUCUCGCACGGCGCCGACGUGGCCGUGUUGGAGGGCAAGAGCGGCCGCACGCCGCUGCACCUGGCGGUGGAGACCGGCAACAUCCCGAUGCUGCGCCUGCUGACCGAGGCGUGCGGCGCUGACGUCACGGCCGCCACGUACGGCGGCCUCUCCUGCUACCAGCUGGCGCUGCUGAACGCGCGGCUGGACGUGGCCGAGCUGCUGGAGUCGCUGGGCGCCGCGCGCGAGCAGCUGCCCGACUCGGACCCCGAGCUCAGCGACUCGGAGACGGAGCUGUUUCUGAAACCGGAGGAUUUCUUCUCGGACAUCCGGAUAGGCGGCCAGCCGCUGCUCGCAAGGCCGUGAGCCGACCUCAGAGACAGACAGAACAUAGCAGCGCCGGACAGCCCUGCCAGCGCAGAGGCUGCACGGCCCCACAGUUCAGGGCGUCAAGAACGCGCGCCAGGCGGAAGAAAUCAGGUCGCCACUGGUGCUGAGCGGACGGAACUGUGAUGCGGACCGCGCGGACGGAAUCAGGUCGCCACUGGUGCUGAGCGGACGGACCUGUGAUGCGGACCGCGCGGACGGAAUCAGAUGGGCUGGUAUGCCCACCAUGCGGACUGGUUCGGCCGGCCGUCAGCGGUAGCGGGAGCCGCGUGGGCGGACCGGGCAGGCGGCGCCGCCAGAGGUACUGGCGUGAAGAGGAGCGCUGUCUCUUGUGUGGCGUGGCGACCCAGCCGUUGUUGAGGAGUGAGAUGGUGCCCCAGUAUGCACCUACGGUGACCGGCCGUGCGGGAAGACGCAGGCCCCUUCACUGCUCAGAGAAGACACCUGCCUGGCCGUAGGGUCUGUGUCGAAAGACGCACGGGGCGGGGCAGUGUCGUUUGGCUGCUGGCUGUGUGGCCCAGCCUGCCGCAUGCCCGACAGGUCAUACAACACAGGCAUGUGAGGGUCAGAUCCCUUAAAGAAAGACGAGGCCAGUUGAGGACGGCGUGGCUCCGAUAAGCCAUAGUGAGAUGUGUCUGUGUGCGUGUGGAAGAGGGUGAGGAUGAGGCUGUUGGACGUUUCCUGCGAUGUUGCGUGGUGGCCGAUGUUCUGGGGUCACUGAGUCAGUUUGGAGGAGGUCACUGGUCUGUCACUGCAAGCCUGCCUCGACGAAGGGCCGCCCGGCCAGAGCCGAUCUCACGGGAAGAACAUUCUCGCUCGUCAUCCUCUCACGUAGCAUGCGUCAUCUCUCACCGUGAAUACUGUAGAUAUUCACUCGUGUUACCUGUAUGUUGAUUUUCUUAAUCGUGGUGUAAAAAUGGGGUCGUUGGGUAUUUCGACGAAUGGCAGUGCUAUUUCAUGAUGACCUGUGAUGUAAUACAUGUUCACGGCCACGCCGUGGGGCAACUGAUGGUUCAUAUACGGAGGAUCGUAGAGCAUAAUGAGCUGAUGACGAGGCCGUCAUGAAAAAAUAGCAGGCAGGCUUCUUACUGGGAUUUAAAGUGGGUGAGCCGCCGGAACGCACUAUUUCGGCAUCAGGCCUACAUGAAUCGUAGCACGAAUUCGCAACACAGGCAAAAGCGGGCACAUCGCUGACCUGUAGACUCAUUAGAAACGGUGUAUGUUCUCUCUUCGGAGGGUUUCUUCAACAACAAAUCGACCAUUUGCCCUCACACUGAAAGUCCAGAUGAACCU